AGCCCUUGUUGUUUACAAUCAAUCUAUCAUUUAUAUCGGGUUUUUAUCACGUCUGGUUCGUCCGAAACAGAGUACAAUUUUCUUUUUUCACACAGUAUAUUAAUAUUUAUAAAGUUUUACCAACAUGUUUCGCUUUGCAAGAAGCAUUCUUAGCAAGGGACGAAACUUGGUUCCUCUGGAAUCUAACUUUCAACAUACUGUUUCCCGCAAUUUUCUUAUAAGCUCUACUUGUCAAGCUGCGGAAGUAACUAAACCAGCUCCUACGUUUAAAGCUACUGCUGUUGUUAAUGGGGGAUUUAAAGAAGUCAGCUUAACAGAUUAUAAAGGAAAAUAUGUAGUGCUUUUUUUCUAUCCUUUAGAUUUCACUUUUGUAUGCCCAACUGAGAUAAUAGCUUUUAGUGAAAAGGCUAAAGAAUUUCAAUCUUUAAAUACUGAAGUACUUGCAGUAUCAGUGGAUUCACAUUUUAGUCACUUAGCUUGGGUUAAUACUCCUCGAAAGCAAGGUGGACUUGGCACUAUGAAUAUUCCUUUAGUUUCUGAUUUGAACAAGCAGAUUGCGAAAGAUUAUGGAGUUCUUUUAGAUGCAGGAAUAGCUUUAAGGGGAUUAUUCAUCAUUGAUCCAAAUCAAGUUGUUCGCCAAAUAACUAUUAAUGAUCUUCCAAUUGGCCGUUCUGUUGAUGAAACAAUACGCCUUAUUAAAGCAUUUCAAUUUCAUGAAAAACAUGGUGAAGUGUGCCCAGCAAAUUGGAAACCUGAUUCUCCUACCAUCAAACCAGAUGUGAAAAAGGCCAUGGAAUAUUUCGAGAAAGUUAAUUGAUCAGUUUUUGUUAUGUUUGUUGUUAAAAUAUAUUUUUUGUGGUUACUCUGAGCAAUAAAAUAACUAUUUAGAAUUUA